AUGGCGAUUCCCUUGUACUUGAACAUCAAGGAGUCAACUAGUGCUGCUGCCCAACCGGGUGAGGAAAAAUUGCACCCUUCCCCGUGUUUUUCCAUCACGCAACCCGAUUCGAUCUCGUUUUCAGAUGUCACCUACGAGUUUGCCAAAAUCUACCUGGGAAAAGAGCAGAGCUAUCUAGACUUGGUCAACAACUCAACUAGCUCGUGUGUCGUGUUGGUCGGCCCCACUGGAAGUGGCAAGACCACCACGCUCAGAUCCUUGGUCCGUUUACAGUUGCAACAAAGCAGCAAUCAAGGCACAACCCCCUAUCUUACAUCUUUUGAAAUCAGCAACAACAAGUACGCCGUCGACUUGUUGGACACACUGAGCUCGGCACCUCCCAAAAUCUCAAUGGCGACCGAUUUUGAAAGCAAAUUGUUGCGAAAGAAAGCCAGUGCGGCGCUAGUCAAGGAGGUGUUGAAAAAAAGAUUGACUCAAGCAACCGAGUUUAACCAACACUCGUCGAGAUCCUGUCUCGUGUUGACUCUCUUUUGGGGCAACUGCAGAACCACCUUUGUGGAUAUGAUGGGCAGUGAACGAAACUCAGCUUCGAGCUCCAAUGUCUUUGCCAAUACCAACAUCUCUUCGAUCACUCAGUUGAUGAUCAAUAAUAAACACAGCAAGUUCAGGUCUCAUAAUUCCAUUGCAAACUACAUCUUCAAAAAUAAACAUCUCAAAGUCGUGCUCAAUUUGGACCCAUUUGGAGACGAGGCCUUGGUCAAGUCCAGCUUGUCGAAUGUGGCAGAGGUGGUGAAGAACUAUUCCUUGCAAUUGGAAGAAGCAGCUAGUAAUAACAGUAGUAGUAAUAGCAGCAGCCACCCCGGAAGCAGCAGUGCUAUUGCUAGUGACAGCCCACGCAAACCUCAGAAAAGAGUGCCUAGCUAUUCCUUGCCUACUGUUUCAUCCAGUUGUCAUGUGCCAAAAAAGAGGAAACUCAAUAACCCAGGGCAAACACCAAUCAGCUCAUUGGCAGACAAACCACAUUAUGUUAUUCCCAAGUUGACGACGUCUGUGUUUGCCACUGAAAUGCGGAUCAAGGCAAGAGCAACCCUUUCUGCCAGCGACCUCAAAGUAAGAAAAACUCGCGGUCGUUUACCCGUGAAGCCGUUGGGAAAAGCAAUCUUGUCCCAUGCAAACGACUCCAAAACUGUUCUCCAAUUGAAGCAGGAACAAGCGGAAAUAAAAGAUAAAUACAGAGACUCUAUUUCAAACAUCAAAGCAGACAUCGGCAUUUUCAAGCAAGAGACAAUGGACUUGGUGGAGGCCUUUGCCGCUUUGAGAAAGCAAUUGCAGCAUCUCGAGUCCAAACAAACUCUCAAUGUCCAGCAACUUGAAAUUGCCGCACAGGAAAAGACUCAAUUGCAAGGUGAGGCUAGUCAACUUUGCUCGCAAAUUGACCAACUCAAAGCUGCCAAACAAACUCAGGAAGAACUUAUUGCUCAACUUGAAGCGGAGCAAAAAUACACCAAUGCCGAGUUGAUCAAGAGCAACGAGAGCUAUGCUGAGUUGUCGGGGUUAAAAGACUCCCUCGAGCAAGACCUUGCACAGGCUCUAGUUGAAAAUGAAAAACAAUCUGCCCAAAUCAAGUCAACCCGUGAACAACUAGCUAGUGAACAGUUGCAGUCUCAGGACGAAGCCAGGAAGCAUCACGAUCGACUUGCAUUGCUUAAUCAAGAUUUAACCGUGAGUGAGAUGUUGAUUGAAUCCUUGCAAAAAGAAAAAAAGGAACAAGACGAGAAAUUUACCCGUUUGGAAAUGGACUUGAAGGAUGCGACAGACAAAUUGCACUUGCUGGUUGAAAAGAGUACCACGGCGGACAAAGAGUUGCACAACUUGAACUUGCUCUUGAGUGCAAAAGAUGAGGAAAUCCGAAACUUACAAGCGCAGUGGGAACAAGGCCAGCAACAAUUGCAACGUGACCAGAGUUCAACAAGGCUUCUCUCUGACGAAUUAGCCAAAGCUCAGCACCUUCUCGAGGAAAAGGAAGCAUCACUUUGGACAAGUUUGCAAAUUGAGAAUGAGUUGCGUGACAAACUCGCCCAUGCUGAACAGGCGAAUCAAGACUGGGCAUUGAAGUAUGGAGAGGUAAUUGCAGUUGAAAAGCUGCUCAAUGAGAAAUUGAACUCAGCGAUGGCGAGAAAAUUGGAGUUGGAAGCAGCUGCUUUGAAAAAUGGAAACUCGAGUAGGGAAAGAGAGGAACUCUUGAUGAAACUGAACCAGACCGUCACCGAGCUUCAAGCUGAAGUUGGAGGAUUAAAGUCAAGAGAAGCAAAUCUUCAAAGAUUAUACAACGAGUUGAAACUGGCAAAGUCACAACAAGAAUCGGAGCUGUACCAGAAAUUGACCAGCUUAAAAGAAACUCUUGAAAAUAGAGACCAUGAGCUAUCCCGAGCUAAGGACGAGUGUCUGAGAUUGCACCAGAACAUCAGAGAACAAUCCAAGACGGUUGCAGCCUUGGAGGCGCAAGCGCAUGCGGGAGAAGCAGAACACAAGCAACAGCUUGAACAAAUGGCGUUGGCUCAUGAGUUGGCUCUCAAGGAGAAAGUAGAAGCGGCUCGCGUGAGAGAAGCAGAGUAUGAAUCACGCAUCGAACAGAUUGAUAUGGCCCAUGAACAGCAGCUCAGGGAGAAAGAUGCCAAAAUUGCGAAAUUGCACGCGCAAGCGCAAAUACUUGAACACGAUCUCAGCAGUAGCAAUCCGUUGUUUUCAAUCAAGAGCAACUCGCCGCCUCUCUCGGGGUUCAAUCCGCAUGACAUAUACGAGGACCAAGUGGUUGAGCGAAGAAACACCACGGAGUCGAGCGAUGCAAGUGGCUCAAGUGGUGCUAGUCGAGAAAUAACCCCAUUCUCGCCCAUCAAGAUGAAACCACACCACGAUUACAAGAGCCAGAUCAAAGCUCAAGUCAAGAAGAACACCCCCAACAGGAUCCUACAGCCUUCCUCCUCCAAUCGGGUAUCGCUGCUGGAGAAAAAACUGAAAAAGAAGCACGGCAAGAGCCAUAGUAACAAACUAUCAUCUCCAUUUAACGAAGACAAGCGAUCGAGCAAAUCGUCACCUUUGAAAUCUAUACUCGUAUAA